GACCCGUCUGGGUCACAUUACAUCACGACCACCACCAUGUCUCUGCCCCCCUCCACCUAUGACCCUCGGCGCGUCUGUCUCAAUCCAUUCCCCGAAUUGAACUUUGAGAAGCACAAGCGCACAUUAGGCGUCUACACUGCCGGGUUCCUGUUCACCCUUGCGAACUGGAUAUUCCUGGACGCAUGCAUCCUCUCCGCCCACGCUAAAGCCCCGUGGGGUCAACCGGACACUCCAGUUCCCGUGCACGUCAACUUCGCCGACUGGGUGCCAGGCAUAUGCUCGCUGCUCGGUUUCCUUAUAAUCAAUCUCAUUGACAAAGACCGUGUGAAGGGAGACGACGGGUUCGGGGACCCCAGGGCGGUGUGGAGAGCGAGACUAUUCUUGUUUCUCGGGUUUGCGUUGAUGGCGGGAGGUUUGGCGGGGAGUGUGACCGUUCUGGUGCUGAAAUACAUCAUGCCUGAACACACACCGCAAUUCCAGUACUACGGAUAUGCCAACGUCAGCCAGAAUGUCGCGCUUAUGUUGUCGGUUGCUGUUUUAUGGAUGGCGCAGACCACGAACAACGACUACGAAUACACACUUGCCCUGUAACUUACAUUCAUCUGUAUAAUGUUCGAUCACAAGUCAUCCUACUAAUCAAGUGUGCUC